UUUAGUAACGGCGUAACGCAAAAGAAGAGACAAGAGAGGGAAAGCAAAAGACGAAAAAUUCAAAAUGAACGCCACUUUCUGACAUCCCUGAACCGCAGUUGUCUCUCGACAUCUCUCGCCAUCCAUUGUCUAGAUCUCUUCUCCUCCAUCACCGGAAGAAUGAAGAGGGGCGACCGCCGAACAAAGCGCGCCGGCGCCACCGACUCUCCAUCACCAUCUAAGUGCGGGGAAAGCGACAAGCAGCCGCAGCCGCAGCCGCAGCAGAAUCACGAGAGUAGGAUCCACGAUUUGGAGAGGGAAAACCAGGAUCUAAGGAAAGAGGUCGAGGAAUUGAAGCACAGACUGGGAAACGAUUCCCCAGCUUCAGAUGGCAAGAUUCAGAAGCUUUAUGAAGGCGCGCUCGAAAAGCUGCGCAUUCUUGAUGAACAGGCUAUGGAUUUGAAGAAGAAACUCAAUGCUAAAUCUCAGUUUUCAACUCAAAAGCAAAAGACAGCAGGGCGACAGCCAGAGGAUGUGAUCCAGAGAUUGAAGGCUCAAAAGGUCCAACUUCUCUGCAAGAUCAAGCUGGACUCUGUGCAAUUCAGGCUGUCAAAAGCUUCACUAGAGAAAGAGGUUCUCCAGCUUAAGAAAGACCAUAGGAAGAAUGAAUAUGAGAUACGCAAGCUAUUGGCUCUAACCAGCAGGCAAAAGCUGGUACUACAGAGGAAACAAGAGGAAGCUUCUGCAGCAACAAGGAAACUUAAUGAGUUCUUACAGUCUAGGAAGACUUUAUCUCAAAGAAGUUCAGGUUCUCAGAAAGAUGGGAGUCCUGGAAGUCAGGCCCUUGAGAUUGAGCUGAAAGUUACGGAAAGGGUAGAAGACAUACGUUGCGACUUUGAGCGUCAAAUGGAAGAGAUGGCAGAAGAAGUAAAGAAAUAUGAGGAAGAAGCUGAGAUGCUAAGGCAAGAGAAUUUCAGGUUCAUGUUGCAGGAUAAAGAAAACGACUGCAUGGCUAGAGAUUCAGAGUUGAGAGACUUAAAAGAAGAAGUGUUCAAACUAAGUACCAUGGUGAACCAGAUGCCAAUAGUAAGGGCACGGCCUGUUCACUCGACAAAACCACAGGAUUUGAGUCGUUCUGUGUUGUUCGAGACACCCGCAGUGGAUUCAGAAACUUCUGAUAAUGUCCCCACUAGGGUGAAAUCCGCACUAGGAGGAUGCUGCUCUUGCAGUAAAAACUCACUGUGCAAGACAAAUAAGUGCCAAUGCCGAGCUGCUAAGGGCGGUUGUGGUGAAGGCUGUCGUUGUUCAAUUGCAAAGUGCACAAAUGGGAAGCGUUUGGCCAAGAAGGAUAGCUCACUGCCAUCAGUCAUGGCUCAGGACUUGGUCCAUUCUUCAGGCAGCGAGAAUACGUCGGAUGCGACAUCUCCCAAUCAAGUGACGGAAAGACAGCCCUUUUCCGAAAUCGGAAAUGUUCAGGGUUGCAAGUCUGAAGAGGAAACCAAGAUGGAGAAGGCAUCCACAAAUCUUGAAAUGGAGCAACCAACAGGUAACCCGGAAAGCCUGAAACCAGUUGCUGAUAAAACUGGCGCUGCUCCACCAGAUAUGUUUAGGAAGUUGACAAGGGCCAUGCGGUCUGCCGUGAUCGGGAAGUAAGAUCCUCGAACACAGAAGAGCGCCAAAUUCUGACCAAGUGAUUACCACAAAAAUUGAUUCUUGAGGCUUCUUGCUUCAGACCGUUCAUAAAUUGUUGUGAGACGAAAGGCAAUGGCAGUCGACCCACGAAAAAAAUAGAAAAGGAAUCAAUUACAGCGUUGUAGUCUUCCAGAUUCGUGUGCGUUGUUUGAGACUUGAGAGAGUUUUAAGGCGGGGAGGUGACCAAGGAAAUGAGUGUGUUUUGCAUGUUGAUCCAUUAAUGUGCUUCCAAAUUCAUGAAAAGUGUUAAAGUCAUUAGGUAUUAGUUGGAUGCAAAAACAAUUUUUCUAAGAUGACAUGUUUGUUUUU